AUGGAUUUGGUUUUCUUGAUAUUUGGAGUUAUUGUGUGUGCAUAUGUGUUAGUAUUUGGGAUAGUGAAACGUGCAAACGAGUGGUAUUAUGUCGGAAGAUUGGGGAAGAAGAAACAACUUCUUCCGCCAGGAGAUAUGGGGUGGCCUUUGCUUGGGAAUCUGCGCGCCUUCAUUAAAGCUUUUAAAUCCCAAACUCCUGACAACUUCAUCUACGAAUUGGUUAAGAGAUAUGGACGAACUGGUAUCUAUAAGACUUAUUUAUUUGGGAGCCCAAGUAUCAUAGUGAGUAUACCCGAGACUUGUCGGAAAGUGUUAGGAGAUGACCAGCACUUCGCAUUAGGUUACCCUGCCUCCACUAAACAGUUGACUGGGAAAAGAUCAUUUCACAGUGUUUCCCAUGCUGAGCACAAGCGCUUGCGCAAGCUUACCAGCUCGCCCAUCAGUGGUCACACGGCGUUGAGUACGUACAUUCCCUGUAUGGAAGACAUUGCAAUGACUUCGUUGGAUGAAUGGGCCUCCAUGCAACGCCCAAUUGAAUUCUUGAAUGAGAUGAGAAAGGCAGCUUUCAAGGUUAUUACCCACAUAUGGCUGGGUUCUCACGAUGAUUCCACACGUAAAUUAAUGGAGAAGUAUUACAUAGAUUUUAGUUGUGGAUUAAAAGCAGUUGCUAUUAACAUCCCUGGUUUUGCUUUUCACAAGGCACUCAAGGCAAGAAAGAAGUUGGUUGAGAUUCUUCAAGGAGUUCUUGAUGAAAGGAAGAGACUUAAGAACGAAGAUUGGGAGGAUAGAAAGAGGGGGAUGGUUGAUUUAUUGUUGGAAGUUGAAGAUGAGAACAGUGUGAAGCUUGAAGACGAGGAUAUUAUAGAUUUACUGCUGGUCUUCUUGUUAGCCGGCCAUGAAAGCUCUGCACAUGCUGCAAUGUGGGCACUUAUUUAUCUCCAUCAACAUCCAGACAUGUUGCAGAAGGCCAAGGAAGAGCAAGAAGAGGUGGUGAAGAAAAGACCAUCCACACAGAGAGGAUUGAAUUUUGACGAGAUAAGACAAAUGCGUUACACUAGUAAAGUGAUUGACGAGACACUCCGAAGAACAAAUGUUUCAUUUUCAAAUUUCCGUCAGGCAAAAGAAGAUGUAACCAUAAAUGGUUAUUUAAUACCCAAAGGCUGGAAAGUAUUGGUGUGGAAUAGAGGCGUUCACAUGGAUCCUGAAGUUCAUAAAAAUCCAACAGAGUUUGAUCCAUUUAGAUGGGAAGAUUACAAACCAAAACCAUCUUCUUUCAUUCCAUUUGGAGGAGGAAGCAGGAUAUGCCCUGGAGCUGAACUAGCCAAGGUUGAGGUCUACAUUUUCCUUCACUAUUUCCUUCUUAAUUACAGGCUUGACCGGGUUAAUCCUGCCAGCCCCGUGGUCUACCUACCCAUCCCAAGACCCGCAGACUACUGCCUUGCACGAAUUAUCAAGCUCUCCAAUAAUUCCACUUAAUAUAUUACAAUUUUAC